AUGCUGGUAUUCAUACUCUUGAUAUUAGUGUUACUUCCUCAGAUGGUGUGUGAUGUUCCAGUUGCUAACUGCAUCAUCAGUAACCCUCUUCCAAUAAACCACAAGUAUUAUCAAUCAGGAGACAUCAUCAUUGCUGGCAUUAUUUCUCAGAUCUACAAACUUUACAACCGUGUCAGCUUCACAUUUCAUCCCUCUGAAGAACCUCCUGAGGACCUAAUCCAUUUUGUUGCAAGUUGGACCUACCUCGCCUCAAUGGAACUUCUCUCCACCUGGGGCAGAUUCAUCCCUAACUACAAGUGUGAUGUCCAAAAUAAUGUAGGGGCUGUCAUCAGUGGACCUGACUCAAAUGUGUAUCUCUUCACAGCAAAUAUUCUGUGCAUCUACAAAAUACCACAGCUCGGAUAUGGCUUUGCUCCAGUAAUGAAUGACCAAAGCCAAGAUGUUUUCUUCCAAGUGAUGUUCCCUAAAGGAGCUCAUCAAUACAAAGGGAUUCUUCAGUUGCUGCUGCUUUUCAGGUGGACCUGGAUUGGGAUAAUUUUUUCACACUACAGUGGAGAGAAAUUUGUACAGAAUGUGCUACCUGAGUUUUCUCAGAGAGGUAUCUGUUUUGACUUUAUAGAACCAUUGCAGAUGGUGUACUUUACCAGUGAUAUUACUGAAAUGGUAGCAAUGUGGAUGAAAAUAUACCAGGUUAUUAUGAGUAGUACUGCCAAUGUUGUGAUCGUACAUGAUGAAAUUCACACAAUGAUAUUUCUGAUAACGGUUCCGGCAGUUUCAGAAUCCUUUGACAUACCAGGGAAGACAAAAGGUAAAGUCUGGAUAAUGAUGGCCCAGAUGGAGUUCACAUCAGUUCCCUUUCAAAGAUAUUGGGACAUAGACAUCACCCAUGGUGCUCUAUCCUUUGCAACUCACUCAAAGGAUGUGAUAGGAUUCCAGAAUUUUCUUCACAACAGAAAACCUACCUCAGAUGAAGAAGAUGGUUUUAUCCAGGACUUCUGGCAACAGGCAUUUAACUGUGCGUUCCCAGACACUGAGGUAGAAAAGCAGAAUGAGAAAAUCUGCACUGGGGAAGAGAAACUGGAGAGUCUUCCUGGGUCUGUUUUUGAAAUGAGCAUGACCAGCCAUAGUUACAGUGUCUACAAUGCUGUCCAUGCUGUGGCACAUGCUUUGCAAUCCAUGCAUUCAUCAGCAUCCAAAUGCAGAGCUAGGGUAGAUGGAGUAAGAUGGAGUAAUCAACAGCCGUGGCAGCUUCACCACUUUCUCAGAAGUGUUUCAUUUAACGAUACCACUGGGGAAAUGAUCUCUUUUGAUGAAAAUGGGGAUUUAGUGGCUGGUUUUGAUAUUAUCAACUGGGUCACUUUCCCUAACAAGUCCUUUCUUAGAGUCAAAGUUGGAAAGAUUGACCCCAUCGCUCCCAAAGACAAAAUUUUCAACAUUGACGUGGAGGCCCUGGUAUGGCCCAACAACUUUAACCAGGUACAGCCUAUUUCUCUGUGUAAUGACUUCUGCCAAUUGGGUUAUAGUAAGACUAAGAAGGAAGGGAAACCAUUUUGCUGCUAUGAUUGCCUUCCGUGUCCAGAAGGGAAGAUUUCAAACCUGAAGGACAUGGAUUACUGUUACGAGUGUGUAAAAGAUCAUUAUCCAAACAAGGCCCAGGAUUUAUGCAUUCCAAAAUAUAUCAGCUUUCUGAGUCAUGAAGAACCUUUGGGGAUCAGUUUGACUAUUGUUGCUCUUUCCUUUUCUUCUGUCACAGCUUUUGUGCUUUGGAUCUUCAUUAAGCACAAGGACACUCCCAUAGUCAAAGCCAACAACCGAAACCUCACCUUCACUCUCCUUAUCUCCCUUCUGCUCUCCUUCCUUUGUGCCUUACUAUUCAUUGGUCAACCUGAGAGUGUGACUUGUCUCCUUCGACAAACUGCUUUUGGCAUCAUCUUCUCAGUGGCUGUUUCUUGUGUGUUGGCCAAAACCAUCACUGUGGUUCUUGCUUUCAUGGCCACCAAGCCAGGGUCUAGAAUGAGGAAAUGGGUGGGGAAAAGACUGGCUAAUUCCAUUGUUCUCUCCAGUUCCCUUAUGCAAGCUGGUAUUUGUAUAAUUUGGCUAGCAACCUCUCCUCCAUUUCCAGAUGUUGACAUGCAUUCAAUGCCUGAAGAAAUUAUACUGGAAUGUAAUGAAGGUUCAUCUCUCAUGUUCUAUUGUGUCCUGGGCUUUAUGGGCUUCCUGGCCAUUAUUAGCUUUACUGUGGCUUUCCUAGGCAGAAACUUACCUGAUAGUUUUAAUGAAGCCAAAUUUAUCACCCUGAGCAUGUUGGUCUUUUGCAGUGUUUGGCUGACCUUUGUUCCAACCUAUCAGAGCACCAAAGGAAAAUACAUGGUGGCUGUGGAGAUCUUCUCCAUCUUGUUCUCCAGUGCUGGAUUACUGGGCUGUAUUUUCCCUCCCAAAUGCUAUAUCAUUCUGAUAAGACCUGAGUUGAACAACAGGCAGCUGCUAAUGAGAAAAAAUAACAAUUAA